GGGCGCGGGCGAGUUGGUAAACAGAUCCCGAGCGCGUGUCAGUCGCUGGCUGUGGGGCACUCGCGGAGGCGGCGCGAAGGUGACCGAGGCCCAGCUUCCUGCCCCGGGCCCUGAGGGAUGGCUGCCAUGUUGGGGGACGCCAUCAUGUUGGUCAAAGGCCUCGCCAAGCUGGCCCAGGCGGCCGUGGAGACCCACCUGCAGCACCUGGGCCUCGGCGGGGAGCUCCUCGUGGCGGCCAGGGCCCUCCAGUCCACAGCUGCGGAGCAGAUCGGCGUGGUCUUGGGAAUGGCGCAGGGUCCAAAGCAUGAAGAGCCUCACGUUGUCGAGAACUUUGAAGACCCAGAAUCAGAGCUGCACUUCUCAGGGCCGAGGGCCGAGGGCGCCUCUGCGGAUUUCUCUGCAGACUCCUUCCAAGACCAGUCAUGGUCUCCAUCCCCCGAUCACGGCGCCAGCAGGGGCCCGGCCUCUACCUACGUUGACAGUGGACCCUUCAGGGAAGCGGGGCUCCCAGGCCAGGCCGCCUCCCCGCUGGGCAGGGUGAACGGGAGGCUCCUCGUAGACGCCAGAGCCCCCUUCUCUGCCGCUGGCCUCCAGCGACGGUUCUUCCACCAGGACCAGUCCCCUGUGGGGGGCCUUACGGCCGAGGACAUUGAGAAGGCCCGGCAGGCCAAGGCCCGCCCAGAGGGCAAGCCCCACAAGCAGAUGCUCAGCGAGCGGGCUCGGGAGCGGAAGGUGCCGGUGACACGGAUUGGGCGGCUGGCCAACUUUGGAGGUCUGGCCGUGGGCCUGGGCUUUGGAGCACUGGCUGAAGUUGCCAAGAAGACCCUCCGCCCGGAGGAAGCCUCCGGGGGUAAGAAGGGUGUGCUGGACUCCAGCCCCUUCCUGUCGGAGGCCAACGCGGAGCGCAUAGUGAGCACACUGUGCAAGGUGCGCGGGGCGGCGCUCAAGCUGGGCCAGAUGCUGAGCAUCCAGGAUGACGCUUUCAUCAACCCCCACCUGGCCAAGAUCUUUGAGCGGGUGAGGCAGAGCGCGGACUUCAUGCCGCUGAAACAGAUGACGAAAACUCUCAACAACGACCUGGGCCCCAACUGGCGGGACAAGCUGGAGUACUUUGAGGAACGGCCCUUCGCCGCUGCUUCCAUCGGGCAGGUGCACCUGGCCCGAAUGAAGGGUGGGCGUGAGGUGGCCAUGAAGAUCCAGUACCCUGGUGUGGCCCAGAGCAUCAACAGUGACGUCAACAACCUCAUGGCCGUGCUGAACAUGAGCAACAUGCUUCCAGAAGGCCUGUUCCCCGAGCACCUGAUUGAUGUGCUGAGGCGGGAGCUGGCACUGGAGUGCAACUACGAACGAGAGGCUGCCUGUGCCAGGAAGUUCAGGGAGCUCCUGAAGGACCACCCCUUCUUCUACGUGCCCGAGAUCGUGGAUGAGCUCUGCAGCCCUCGCGUGCUCACCACAGAGCUGGUGUCUGGCUUCCCCCUGGACCAGGCGGAGGAGCUGAGCCAGGAGAUCCGCAACGAGAUCUGCUACAACAUCCUGGUCCUGUGCCUGAGGGAGCUGUUCGAGUUCCACUUCAUGCAGACGGACCCCAACUGGUCCAACUUCUUCUACGACCCCCAGCAGCACAAGGUGGCUCUUCUGGACUUCGGAGCGACUCGGGAGUUUGACAGGUCCUUUACUGAUGUCUACAUCGAGAUCAUCAAGGCUGCUGCAGACAGGGACAGGGAGGCCGUGCUGAAGAAAUCCAUAGAGAUGAAGUUCCUCACUGGCUACGAGGUCAAGGCCAUGGAAGACGCCCAUCUGGACGCCAUCCUCAUCCUGGGGGAGGCCUUCGCCUCCGAGGAGCCCUUCGACUUCGGCACCCAGAGCACCACCGAGAAGAUCCACAACCUGAUUCCCGUCAUGCUCAAGCACCGGCUUGUCCCGCCCCCCGAGGAGACCUACUCACUGCACAGGAAGAUGGGGGGCUCCUUCCUCAUCUGCUCCAAGCUGAAGGCCAAGUUCCCCUGCAAGGCCAUGUUUGAGGAGGCCUACAGCAACUACUGCAAGAGGCGGGCCGAGCAGUAGCCACUCAGUGCAAACUCUCUGCUCCUGUGCAGCUGAAACCAGUAGGAAGCCGGUGGUGGUGACACUCCGUUUCAACCCCUUUGCCCAAGGAGAGAGGGUAGCUGGCUCCGAUGGGGAGGGGACGCUGCUUGGAGCCCCGUUACCAGUGCUUAUCACGGUUUUUAUUGCUAAGAGGAUAUGGGAUGAGAUGUGCCAGAAUGAAAAUGAACCCCAACUACUAUGUCAGAACCUAACAGUUGUUUUAUUCACCCUCUCAAAUACUCUAGAUGAAGAUAAAAAGGCAAUUUUACUCCCUUUUCCUUUUUAGUAACAGGGUUUUACCUAAUGUGAAUGUUAAUCAGAAAACAGAGGCUACUCCCUCCAAAUCCCUGCCACCAAAAACAACUGAGAAGCCUUUCUGGAUGCUACUGAACGAGUAUACAAGGUUUGUGUGUGUAUAUGUUUCUAGAAUGAGAUUUGUGUUUUCUGCUCUUUUUUCUCUCCAGCUUGUGACCUGCAGCUGGGAGAAGUCAGGCCUGAGUGUGCCAACCAGUCCUUUUAACCUGGGGAUGCUCACGCCUGCACUCUGGCUGGUCACUGCACUUUCUGAGAACUGCCACCUCCCGUGGGUAGGGUCAGGAGCAGCAGAAGGGGGCAAAGGGCCAGCUCUUGUCUUCCAGCACCUGCCAUAGGAUGGUGUGAGACAUGAAUGUGCAGACGUCACCUGGGUAGACGUGAGGGGCCCUCACAGGCUCUGUUAUUUUUUGUAAAAUUCUUGUAAUUGUCUGAUUUACUUGUUUCAAUAAAAACAAAACAUCCUA